AUGCACGCAGCCCUAGCAGAGCUCAAGUGCAAAGACUCCCUUCCGGAAGACAAGGCAGUGUCCCCGACCAUGCCUCCUUCAAAGAAGGCGAUCCCCGCGAAGAAGGACAUCGAUGCCCCAGGCCUCGGAGAUCUUCCGCCAUCGUCGUUUGACCCCAACAUCGAACACUUCAAGAUGAUCGAAGCAUCUAUCAACGAGAUCAAGGCCCAUCCCUUGUUCGGACCGCACAUCGACCAGAUGGACCCCUUGCCCCUGGUUCCUGCGGAUAAGGAUGAUCUGGCAGGGUUCCUGGCGCCGCUGGAUCGCGAACAGAUGAAGCUGUCGCGCGAGAGUGGUUCGGAAUACUUCUGUGGCGUGAACCUUCUAUGGGGCAAUCCUCUAGAAUCCAUCACGCCGGGCGUUCCUAUCAUGGCUAAAGCCGUUGCAGACCUUGUCCAGCGUCUGUUGAAAAGGGGGCCCAAGAUUUUGGAGGAUCGUCUGGAAUUUGUCUUUCCUGGCCCGGCAGACAUGAGAUGGCGCAGAUGCUCUCCGGAAGAGCAGCAGCAUGCCGUCAUCAUGGCCGUCCACGAAGCCAUCCUCACGGGUGCACCGGACUCUCAGCUGCUGGAAUGGAAGAGGGUGCUACUAUCCUGCCCCGCCAACUUUGUGCACCUCGCCACGGAGCAGGAGGUCUACUUCUACACGACCAACAAGCGCUUCAAAGCCGAGGCCGACCACCGUGCCAUCACCCACAAGACGACCCAAAUGAUCUUCGAUGUGUGGAAUUUCAAGGUCAGGAAGGAGGUCUACACGGGCGCGCUGAGCGCGGACGACGUCGCCACGUUGUAUGGCAAGAACUUGAUUCAAGUGAAUCGUCGCAGCGGCGGUGGAAACAGUCAGGAUGACAAGGACCGCACCAAGCCUGGAACGAUCAAGGCCUGCAUCCAUGUGUAUGAAAAGAUGCUCACACACGAGGCCUUGCGCCAGAUCGUUUUGGCCGCCGAACAGGACUUCCUGGACAGCUCUCCUUUUGCGGGCGUCUACAAGCUCCAGGAGAUGUGCAGGCUGUGCAAGGACAACGUGUCCAAGUUGGAGUGGUUGCUGGGCGCGGCCUACCACCGAUUCAGGGCAGGGACAUUGCACGAUUUCAGCCUGCGAAAUCUUGCGACUGCAGGCACCAAGCAACAUGCCCUCGUGCUCCUGAAGCAGCGCGAGAUGAAGAUAUGGCUACUGGGCCCUUUCCUGGAUGCCAGGAACAUUCUGUCCGAAUGCAAGUCCAAGCUGCGUGAAGUCUUUGCCAGCAGAGAUUCGUUCAUGAAGCUGUUGCGACCGGUGGAGGAGGAGGAGCAAGAGAACAUCGAUGUGAGUUGGCAAGCAACUUGGCCCAAGUCGGCUCUGCUGACACUGGAACUUCUGGAGAUAUCCUCUUUCAGCGUAGACACGAAUGAGGAGAGCACCGUCCGCCUUGGCAUUAAACAUGGCAAAAGCGGGCAGGAGCUGCUUGAAGAGUAUUCUCCCUUCAAGGAGAAGAUUCAGGAGAUCGACGCUUGCCUGAAGGAGGAGCUCAAGGCCAUCAACGAUGCAUCGAAGUCUCAGGGAGGCGAUUCCGAGCCGGACCAGCCACCGAACAUUCCGAACCCGUCCGGAGCAGGCCCGUCCAGAACUUCCGACAUGGACGAGGCCAUGGCGGAAGGCAUGGAUCUGGAGAGCAAGCGCCUGGCUCACGCCAAGCGGAUCAUGUCCUCCUACCUCGUGCUUGAGUCUGAGGAGGACAAGAAAACAUCUGGAGCCCUGGCGUCCGCGCUCAAGAAGCACAAGCUGGUGCAAGUGGACACCGCGAGCAUGAGUGGGAAUCUGAUCAUUGCGCUGGACGUGAAUGCGUGGGGGGAGGCAAUCACCGCCCCCCACAUCCGCCGACCCCCGAUUCAGCAGGCCAUCCUGAAAAAGAUCUUCGAGGCUAUUGGGCUUGCACGUCGCGGAGUGUCGGCCUGGACGACAAUGGCCCCUGGCGAGAUUGUGAUUUGCCUGAACGGAGGGCGCACGAACAACAGCUUCCUGUCCAAGCUCAUCGGUGUUGGUCCGGGCGUGGGUCGUUCCAAGUCUCGUGGAAGCAACAUCAUGUGGCGUGAGAUCACAGCUACCUUUACCCCGGAGUCCGUGCAGACCCGGCGGGUUCGCACCUCCAGGAAAGCUUUGGCGUCCCUGAAGUGCUCGCAGAAGAUGUUUUGGUGGUUCGAUGCGGGCACGGAUAUCCCGGUGAAAGCCCACAAGCACUGUCAAGGAACCAAUGCCUUCGAUCUCAUGGGUCCGUUCACCCUGGAGCCUUGGAAGAGCCUUCCCUCGAUUCCCUACGGGGACAAGAAGCACCUGUGGGGCAGGAGACGAGCUGCAGUAGGCGGGAAGACGGCAACAGGCGAGACGGAUGAUGAAGGCGCGGCCGAAGACAAGGACGAGAUUGCGGCAGAGACCGGUGCUGUGGAUGAGGAAGAGAUUGAACUCCCAGACGUUGGGAGUGGCCGCGGAAGCCACAAGACGCUGGCUCCCACAGUUUUGCAGCCAGUGGUCUACCAUGAGAUGCCCGUGACGCUGUGGGAGUCCGCGAUGCACGCCACCAGUGCCGCCCAUAUCAUCGACGUGACACCCGGAUCAGGACGCCUGGCCGCUUGGGCAGUGUGCAACCGUCUUGGGUAUGUGGGCAUAGCAUGCACACAGGAGCACAUGGAGUACAUCGAGAAGACUGUCAUGAAAGAGGUGCUUGCCGCCUUGUCCAAUCCGGGGUCCGGACUCUAUGCACCUACGCUGGCUGACAAAAACAUCGAGCAGAAGGCCAAGGAGGAGACCAAGCGCAAAGCGGAGGAGGAGAAAAAGAACAAAGCGGAGGCCGCGGCGGCAGCCAAGAAGCGCAAGGAGAAUGAGAAUCAGGGCGGACAGACGGAGACCAAGAAGCCCAAGAAGGACGAGGGCUCUGGUGUGGGAGCCGGCACCGGCACCGGCGCCGCAGGCAGCCAGGGGGGAACAGGUGGACUUAGCCUUGCUUUGCAAGCAAUGCUAGACAAGGCGAAGAACAAGGACAAGGUUCCCGGCGAGGACUUGGCUCCGGACGCGAAAUUCGAGCAUCGGCGCAACAAAGGCGCUGGGCUUUAUUCUUCAGUUAACAAGUUCCUUGACUUCCUGGCCGGCCGAAUGGAUCCCGCUGAGAUCUGGCCGAAGGGCAGCCAGCCACAGAGGCCCAUCUCCAAUGGCAGCAAGGGAAAGGGCAAGUCCAAGGAAGCUGGGUGCACGCAAUCUUCCUAA